CAUGAAGACUGCCCUUAUUGUAUUAGCCGGUUUGGUCUUCGCUCAUAUAUCUUUUUGUAGAUCCGCCAUUCGCCCUGCUUCAUCCACUCUUAAGUUGACACACUUUUUACAAAUCCAUAAAAAUUUGGUGGAGCACUUGGAGAACUAUAUAAAGACGUUGGAUUCGAAAUUGAAAGUAAUCAAUGAAGCCCUUGUCGACUUGGCGACAUAUCACAUUCAGUUUGAGGAUGACAAAUUGGCAAUCAUAUCAAGUCCAGUGGGCAGUUACUCCUUGAUUCAUCACAUGCAAUCCGAUUGGACUCAUUGGCAGCUCUUUCUGCAGGAGGAGCCAGGAAAAGAUGAACUGGAAUCCCUCAUGUCCAAAACAAAGUAUCUACCCAUGGAAGAAGACGUAUCAGAAGUCUGUCAGGGCAUUUCGAGCAUUAUAAACGCUUAUUAUUUACUUCCCAAGGACAUUGCAAGAGGAUCCUUUUUAGGAAAGCAAUACAUGUACUCAUUGUCUCCUCUUGAUUGCCUUCGGAUGGCAGAUUACAGUAUAGCUAAUAAAGACUUGGAGAAGUCCAAGCAGUGGCUUCAGGUGGCUAUUUCUAUACUAGAAAAUCCAAGUUAUAUUGAACCUCUUUCUCCACUUCCGCACGUGAGUAUCGCCAAUGUGUACCUAAAACUAGCAGAAGUUUUUGUAAAACAACGUAAGUAAUAUCAUCAAAAA